AUGGCCGGCGGUCUGGCCCGCCUCAACGCCGGCGCCGCCGCCCCAUCACUACCCUACGCCGCCGCCGCCACCAUCACCGCCGCCGCCAGUGCCGCCAUACUCCUAUACCUCGCCGCCACCGGAUCCAUCGCCGGCAGUCCAUCAUCGUCUUCGGACGAGAAGGAGGAGGAGGAUGAUGACCGCAAAGGGAAGAGCCGUCGGGGAAACGUCAUCCCCUCCCCCCUCACCACGCUCGGCCUGCCCGCCCUCACGGCCGACGAGCGCCGCGCCCUACCCUACCCGCCGGACGGCCUGUUGCCCGGCGCGCGCGACGUCGACUCGCCGUACGGCAGCAUCCGCGUGUACGAGUGGGGGCCCGAGGACGGCGCCAAGGUGCUGCUCGUGCAUGGGAUCAGCACGCCGUGCGUGGCGCUGGCGGGCGUCGCCGAGGAGCUGGUGAGGAGGGGGAGGAGGGUGUUGCUGUUUGACCUCUUCGGCCGCGGCCUCUCCUCCACCCCAUCCGACCUCCCCCACGACUCCCGCCUCUACACGACGCAAAUCCUCCUCGCCCUCGCCUCCUCCCCGCUCGCAUGGACCGGUCGUCGUUCCUCCUCUCCCUCUUCCUCCUCCACCUCUAGCGACAACAACAACACCACCACCACCUUCUCCAUCGUCGGCUACAGCCUCGGCGGCGGCAUCGCCGCCGACUUCGCCUCCUACUACUUCCUCCACCACCCCACCGGCGGCGGCGGCGGCGGCCUCCGCGUCUCCUCGCUCGUCCUCAUCGCCCCCGGCGGCGUGCUGCGCCGCGACCGCGUGAGCUGGACGAGCUGGCUGCUGUACGACGUGCUCGGGGCGACAUUACCGUUUUCUUCGUGGCUGCUGAAAUGGCUCGUAGCGCGGCGAUUGCACACGCCCGUGGAUGACGACGACGACGCCGAUGACGACGACGCCGAUGACGCCGCCGACGCGGUCGCCGCGGAUGCGGAUCCGGGUGACGCGACGCAGGCUGAAGCCGGGCUAGGGAAGAGGAGGUUGAAGAGAGGCGGCAGCAUGGCGUCGCACCCCGCGCCGCUUUUUCCCGACCGAGGACCGGCGCUGCGGCACGUCACGGCGGCGGCGGCGGUGAACUGGCAGAUUGCGAAUCAUGAGGGGUUCGUGGUGCCGGCGUUUGUGAGCAGCAUGCGGUGGGCGCCGAUUUAUGGGCAGUGGGGGAGGUGGCGGGUUGUGGGGGAGAGGGUGAGGGCGAAGGCGGUGGAGGCGGCGGCGGCGAGGGAGAGGGAGGGGGGGAUUGGUGGUGCUGGUUCAGGAGAAAGAGGAGAGGAAGGGGUGUUGUUGGUGCUGGGGAGGCAUGAUCCGAUUGUGACGGUGGAUGAGGUGGGGAGGGAUGCGGUGGAGGCGUUGGGUGGGCCGAGGAAUGUGAGGACCGUUGUGUUGGACGCGGGGCAUGAGGUGCCGAUGAGUAUGCCGAGGGAGGUGGUGGAUGCGAUGGUGGAGUUUUGGGAGGCGAGGGAUGAGACGUAA